AUGUCACCGGAAACUAGCGGCUCUCCAGAUACUGGUGCAAAGAGAGGUAAGCAAACUCCAUCAAAAGCCACUUUAAAAAAAGGUGGUGCCCAUGGGACAGGCCGUGGCAAAUCGAAACAGGUUAAGCAGAAGGACAAGAGCUCAUUACAGCCAGAAAAUAACGAUUUUGAGUUCAAUAUUCAGGAUGAACUGGUAAAUGGUAAUUUCAAGGCGAGAGGUCGCAAAACACAGGUUUCCAUAAAUCAUUUGCUGGAAUUUCAACUGCCGGAAAGGUCGAAGGAAACGCUGUCUUCGGGCAGCACAGGAAGACGAAAGGGAAGAAGAGCUCAGGAAGAUCGCGUCCACUUGCACGGAGAGUCUUUUGUCAAUGCUAAUUACAAGUUUUUGGUCGACGAUCGGUUUUCGUGCGCGGAACAAGGUUUGGAUCCCAACGUGCCCAUUCCUGGCGAAAAAAUUGUUCGAGUAGAGGUGGCUAGGGGCCAGAGCUGUCCUAUAUGCCUGUCAGACGAGAUUGUAGCUCCUAGAAUGGUCAGUUGCGGCCAUUUAUUCUGCCACGCUUGUAUGCUGAGCUUUUUCGCCGCGGGCGAAGUCUCAACCCCAGAUGAGGUUACAGGGAUAUUGCCGAGACGAAAGAAGUAUAAAGAGUGCCCAUUGUGCGGUACUUUCAUUUCCAAAGGAAAGUCAGCACCGGCCGUUUUCGCCCACCCGAAUGACUCUUCACAAAUUCCACAAAUCGGCCACAGCAGCGUCUUCCAACUGAUGUGCAAACCUCACGGAUCGAUGCUCGCGUUACCUGUGGUUUUGAAUAUCGAUCCAAUGUCCCUGGGUCAUUUCCCUUCGACAGAGCUUUCAGAGCUGGCCCCUUACUCGCGUAUCAUGAAGUGCAACGCUUACCACGCUAUUGACUUGUACAAGAAGGAUCUGGGCGAUAUUCAGGCUCAAUUUGAAUUGGAUAAAGCGCUUUACAACGAGAGUGGUAAGUUUCCCAACCUGGCCAUUGAAGAGAUCAAGCAACAGAUCCAAGGAUAUGAGGAAGCCACCCAAUUGCAAGAUCCAAAAAAAGAUGUAGCAUCGAACUUGGCACAGCUGUCACUUGAGGUUGGGUUAGAGAGGUACCAUGAUACAAAUGCCUACUUUUUUUAUCAAACAGCGCAUACGGCCAAUACCAGGUAUUUUUUGUCCCCUCUAGACGUUAAAGUUCUGAUUACUGCGUUUGGGCAGUAUUCUCGCUUCCCCCCUAUUUUGACAGCAACCGUUGAGGAUAUACAUCAUGGCUCGGUUGUAACAGAAUCAAUGAUACAAAAAUACAAAUACUUCGGUCAUUUGCCUAUAGGAAGUGAUGUAGCUUUUGUUGAUGUCGAUUGGCGUAGCGUUGAAGAUGUGCCAAGUGAGGUGUAUCAAAAAUUCGCGUCUGAGCUCAAUACAAGGCGCCGGAAGUCCGCUUGGAAAAAACAACGUGAGGACAAAGACAAACGACGUCAUGAGAAGCGCCUGGAGCGGGAACAAGAAGCUUUUUACAUGCGCGAGAAUGGGGAUUCACCGGAUCCUACUAUGCUCCCCGCAAACUCUCUUGCCGGACAACACAAGGGUCCGCGUCUGUCUGAAGACUCGGCGAAAGACCACACUUCGGUGAAAGAUAAUCAGGGACAGCACAUCUCAUCGUCUUCCAAGCUUGAAAAGACAGUCUGGGGUACCUCGAUCCCGACCUCAGAAGAGGCCGUUUCGAAACAAGAGGAAGAUGCCGAGUUUGCCAAACUUCUCGAAUCUCUCAAUCAACAGAAAAGUUUAGAAGCCGGUGGUAAAAAGAAAAAGAAGCGGAUGGUAACUUUAUUAAGCUCUGCUCCAUCUCGAGGUUCAUUCUGA